AUGUGGUGGCUGUCCCCAGCUCUGCUUCUUCUCGGUUUCCCAGGCUGUUUCUCCAUCCAAGGUCCAGCAUUGGUGAGGGGCCCAGAGAAUGGAUCAGUGACCAUUCGAUGUCGCUAUAGCUCAAGGUGGCGAACGUACAACAAGUGGUGGUGCCGAGGAGCAGACUGGAUCACCUGCAGGGUCCUCAUUCGAACCAAGGGGUCAGAGGAAGAAAAGAAGAGUGGCCGGUUGUCCAUCAGGGACAACUGGAGGGAUAACUCACUCCUGGUUACCAUGGAGAUGCUUACGCAAAACGACACAGACACUUACUGGUGUGGUAUUGAAAAAUUUGGGACUGACCGUGGGACCAGAGUUAAAGUGACCGUUUACUCAGGAAAAGAUAGCAUGUCUUCUAAUGGACUUUCCACUAUGUCCACCAUGGACAGCAGUGCAUACAUGAUGUCUUCUGACUUGCACAACAGGACCCACUACAUACUCCUGAUGUUUGUGAAGGUGCCUGUCUUGCUCAUCUUGGCUGGUGUUGUCCUCUGGCUAAAGGGGUCAACUCAGAAGGUCUCUGAGGAACAGUGGAAACAUACCCUCUGCAGCAAUUUGGACUCUGAACUUCUGAUCAAAGACAUUGCUCCUUAG